AUGACAUCUCUGAAUUUUGCUUUGAUUUGCCUGGUCUUCUGGAAAAUUGACCGGGUAACUAAUAUUCAGCUCUCCUCAAAUGUUCGUCAAGAGAGCGGCUUUAUAUCAGCUAAUGUUGGGGACAAUGUAACUUUGCGAUGUUUCUACGAAGGUGAUGUUGCAGCUAUGUUUUACUGGUACAAACAAACCCUGGGACAAAAGCCAAAGCUCAUCUCUAGCUUCUACAAACAUGACAAAAAUGGCACUUUUAGCGAGGAUUUCAAGAACAAUCCAAGAUUUUCUUUGGACAGUAAAAAUGGAAAGAACCACUUGACAAUCUGGAAUUUACAAAUGUCUGACUCAGCAACGUAUUACUGCAUAAGCUGCUAUGCUUACAAGUUUGAAUUUGCAGAGGGCACCACAAUCCAUGUGAAGGGUUCGGAUUUGAACCUUCAAACUUCAGUCCAUCAGCUGUCUUCUGCAACCGUCCAGCUAGGAGCCUCUUUGACUCUGAACUGUACAGUCCACACUGGGACUUGUGAUGAAGAACACAGUGUUUACUGGUUCAAAAGCUCAGAAAAAUCCCAUCUAGGACUCAUUUACACCCAUGAGGGCAGGAACAAUCGCUGCGAGAGGAAAACUAAUACACAAACGAACACGUGUGUCUACAAUUUGCCAAUAAAAAGCUUGAAUUUGUCGGAUAAUGGGAUGUAUUACUGUGCUGUUGCUUCUUGUGGACACAUACUGUUUGGUAAUGGGACCAAGCUGGGCUCGGAGGAUGAGGUGACCUUUCCUGACUUUCUUGUGCAUGUUUUAAGUGGAGUCUUGGCAUUCACCACCACUUUGAGUCUUUUAAUGGGUUUUCUAGUGUGGAAGAUGAAUAAAGAGUCACAAGCAAGAUGUUCAGAUGCAGCUAAUGCAGAGGGAUACCAAGAUGCAGACAACCUUCACUAUGCUGCCGUACAUACACAAAAGUCCAACCGGCAAAGGAGGCAGAUGAAUGACACCAUGAAUCACUGUGUGUACUCCAGUGUAAGGCAGCAGAUCUGA